AAAAUCUCCGUUUUCAGUGACCGAAAACGCCGUUUACGUGUGGACGAAAGGUGCAAACGCAUAGAAAAAUCUGCGUUUUCAAAAAUACCCGGGCACGUGUGGACGUUAGGAGUUUAAGAUUUAUUUUGUUCAGCGGAGAUGCUUCUACUCGGCAGCCAUCUUGGAAUCCCCCUCGCCCUGACUGUUUUGUUACCAUGGAUACAGCUUUACAACGGCAGGACAUUGCACGUGACAUUCCGUGUUACGUCACAAACACCCUACCGCUGUUAGACGCGUUCGUUUUUGAGACGUCACUUUGAAGGAUUACAGCUUUCGGUGCAUCAACUGCAUUUUUGUCUGCUUAAAUAGGCAAAAAUUAUAACUUUACAGGAUAGCUGAACGGAAAUCAACGCUUUAUAGAAAUGAAUAGAAAGACGGACACUCUUUCUCGAAUUGAUGAGAUUCUUAGGCCUGUGAAAGACCUAGAAAAACGGAUCCGUGACCGGAUUUUCAAUGGUCACUCUGAAACUCCCGAGGAACACAGGCCUAUCCCCUUUGCUUCGUGUCCUCCAUCAUCUUCUCGUCCUCACAGGAUUAGUCCGAUUGCAGCGAGGUUAAAAAGCUACAGAGAAACAGACAAAGAAGUCACUGGUGGUGUCAGGCUGGUGACACCCUUUAGAGAAACACCCAGGGACAGCUUGCAUUCACUUGGUGAAUUUUUUGGGGAGGUGCAGCCACAGCGGGAAUUGAGCUCGGCAUCUUCAUCGAGCUCUGAUGGAAGUUCAGUAACAUCGCGAGACAGUUACACUCCUGAGGAGUUCAGGGCAAUCCCAUUUGUGAAGACCCCCCCUCCUCCACCAUUCACUCCGUGUCCUCCAUCAUCCUCUCGACCUCACAGAAGUCACAUUCCAGUGAGGACAAAAAACUACAGAGAAACAGACAAAGAAGUCGCCAGUGGUGUCAGGCUGGUGACAGCCCAACAUAUGGUUUGGACAUUGGAUCAAGCAAUGAAAAAAAUUGUUGAUGCCUACCUGCCCCAAACCAGUCCUCCUCUUCCAGCUCCCCGAGCUGGGGCUCCAGCAAGGGUUGUAGCUCUGACCUCUGCUCCAGCUCCAGCUCCACCAGCUCCAGCUCCACCAGCUCCAGCUCCACCAGCUCCAGCUCCUCCAGCUCCAGAAAGUAGAAAACCUCGAAGGGUUGUUAAACACCCUCCAGAGGUUGACUUUAAAGGGCUUAUCACAGGGUACCUCGUCUCAAUUGAUGAAAAGUUAGGGGAGGAGCUUCAGCCAGUCUCGAAUCCUUCAGAGACUGUCAAGCUGAGCCUCAGCCUGCUGAGUCAGGAUGACUGGCAGAAAAAGAUACAGGGGCUACGAUACAUCCGCACCCUGGCGCGGCAUCACCAAGAUGAGUUGGAGUUAUUAAACCUCCGUAAAGUUUGUUUGGUGGUGACACAAGAGAUUAAAAACAAUCGCUCUUGUGUGUCCUGUGCGGCACUGGACACCGUGGUAUAUUUGUGUGUUCACCUCAAAGAGAGGAUGGACAGAGCAGCUGAUUUAACCUGUGAGAGUCUACUCCAGGUGUUUGCAAGGGCAAAUGCCAAUGAGUUCAUUCAGCAACAUGCCCACGAAGCUCUGACAGCUCUGGUUCAUCAUUGUAGCCCGAGUCGCUUUAUAACUAGCCUGGAGAUCCAUGGUUUGAAACAUAAGAGCGCUCUCGUGAGAGCUAGUGCCGCACUGGGGCUUCUUAUGAUCAAUGAAUUCAUGGGAGCGGAGAAAGUUCUGUCUGCAGGACAGACUUUCACCAAAUACUUCCUGUUGGCUGUCAGUUUAGUGUGUCAGGAUGCUUCCUCUGAAGUCAAAGCUCAUGGAAAGGCCAUCCUAAAAGACCUGGUCAAACAGAAGAACUUCAAAAAGAUGUGGGUAGAAAGCGUCUCGCAUAAAUCCCGCUGUGAGGUGGAAGGAAGACUCAGAGACGUAUUUCAGAAAUAGACACAGAAAUUUCCCACAUCACGUCUGCUUCAGGUAAGUAUGUAUUUCAUUUAAAUAUUUAAUAUAACAUUUACAGUAAUUAAAUAUUUAAUAUGCAUAAAAAACACUCACUUAUUCACCAACCGGUCGAGGCAGAUGGCCGCCCUCCCUGAGCCUGGUUCUGCCAGAGGUUUCUUCCUGUUAAAAGGGAGUUUUUCCUCUCCACAGUCGCUCAUAGGGAUCAAUUGGGUACAAUAACUUUGUUGCUUUUUGGUCCGUCACAUUGAUCAAAAAGCAACAUGUUCUUAAUAGAGUGGCAAGUGAGUGUUUUACAUUUUCCAUCUGUGAACGGUAGCUUCUACCACUCAUUUAUUAAUUUGGCACAAAAUAAAGAAACUUUAAAAAACAACAAA